ACUCGGAGAAGGCGAGUAGUUCACGUACGCCGCCAAUGCGCAGGUUAAAACACUACCACCGCCCACCGUCCCCUUCCUUCCUAAACCUCUGUUGCCGUCUCUCCCUUCCUCUCUCUCUCUUCAGCCAUGUAAUCCUAUUUUCAGAAUCGAGCGGUGGUGUUGUUUUGGAAUCUGAUUCCGUAUCAAUAAUUUCGUACGCAUCACAAACUCAUAUCGCUGAAUGCAAAAAGAUUUUAACAGGAUUAUAGGUUUUUGGGAUUUGGAGGAUUGGGCAUGUGAUUUGUGAUGGUUGGAGAUGGGUCGGGAGGGAUACAUUGUGCCUGUGGAUCCACUACAGGCGGCUCUGAAGAAGAAGACAGCGUCGUCCAGGAGUUGGGUGAUGUUGGACUGUACAGGGCAGGGGACGAUGUUGGAUGUGGACAAGUACGCUAUCAUGCACCGGGUUCAGAUUCACGCUCGGGAUCUUCGGAUUCUCGACCCCCUCUUAUCCUACCCUUCCACUAUAUUGGGUCGUGAGAAGGCCAUCGUUUUGAACUUGGAGCACAUCAAGGCAAUAAUCACUGCUGAGGAGGUACUGCUUCGAGAUCCACUGGAUGAAAAUGUUAUCCCUGUUGUUGAGGAACUCCGAAGGCGAUUGCCUCCUGUAAAUGUUGGCAUUUACCCAGGCCAAGGCAAUGGAAAGGAGCCCCUAAGCAGGCAAAAUGAUGCCGAAGCAGCUGAUGAGGAUGAGUCUCCAUUUGAAUUCCGAGCCCUGGAGGUAGCUCUGGAAGCUAUUUGUAGUUUUCUUGCAGCACGGACAAUGGAACUGGAGACUGCUGCCUAUCCGGCUUUAGACGAGCUUACCUCCAAGAUUAGUAGCCGUAACUUGGAUCGGGUUCGUAAAUUGAAGAGUGCAAUGACAAGGCUGACUGCUCGUGUUCAAAAGGUGAGGGAUGAGCUUGAACAACUUCUUGACGACGAUGAUGAUAUGGCUGAUCUUUACUUGUCAAGAAAGUUAGCCACUGCAUUUUCACCUGUCAGUGGGUCAGGUGCUGUGAAUUGGUUUCCUGCCUCCCCUACCUUAGGUUCAAAGAUAUCAAGAGCAAGCAGAGCAAGUGUUGCAACUGUUCGUGGUGAUGAGAAUGAUGUUGAGGAGCUUGAAAUGCUGCUGGAGGCUUACUUUAUGCAAGUUGACAGUACGUUGAACAAAUUAACCACGCUGCGAGAAUAUAUUGAUGAUACUGAAGAUUAUAUUAAUAUUCAGCUUGAUAAUCAUAGAAAUCAGCUGAUUCAGUUGGAGCUCUUUCUUAGUUCUGGAACUGUUUGUUUAUCUAUUUAUUCUCUGGUGGCUGGAAUAUUUGGCAUGAACAUACCAUAUACCUGGAAUGAGAAUCAUGGUUUUAUGUUCAAAUGGGUGGUCCUCGUCACAGGAAUAGUUUGUGCCCUUGUUUUCAUUAUAAUCAUUUCCUAUGCUCGCCACAAGGGUCUCAUUGGAUCUUGAAAUCAAAGAAUCAAGUAGGGCGUACAGUGUGCCAUUACUGUGCUGAUCUUUUGAGCACUCACGACUUCUGUAUAAAUAAAUAAGGUUGCUAGGAUUCCUUGCCAAAUGUAAGUGAAGCUGCUGUAAUCCUCAACGGGAAUAGUCUGGUUCCUUGGUUUUUUGAACUGCAUCUCCUCUCUCUCGGCCAGGGCCAAGGUGAAACUUUGAACUGGAGAACGGUCACAGGAGCAAUGUUCUGAUAUCAAAUCAAGGUCAUAGCAACCAUACAAAUUGUCAACAACUUCAUUAACCCCAUUUAUAUAAAACACAGAUGUAAACACAGCCACAGCAUGUUUAAUUUUUUGAUUUUAAUUUUUUUAUUUGUUCUUGUUGUUUUACUAUGCUUAUGUUUUUGAGUUGAACAAGGCCGACAUAAGACACAUUAUACCCAUAGUCAGUGAUGAUUCAAUUGUAUACUCUGCCAUAUUUUCCAAAUUGGUCAGUGGUCAUACGAAAUAACUCGAAGAACCCAAAAUGAGUUUCUUCAGCCCCA